UGGUGGUGGCAUUCAGAAAGAAACGAAAAUAAGAGGGGAAAACAGGAUAAUAAAAAAGCCCACUAUAUAAUUAUAAAUUGGGCCGUCAAUAUCUAACUCUUUCUUAUUAUUUACAUCAUCCUAAAAGAUCCAAUCAAUUCAUCGAUAGUGUUACACAAUCAUCAUCGUCUUCCUCUGAAAGCGAAAACCCUAACUCUAUUCACACCAAUCAAAUCAGAGGGAACCCUAAUUCCUUCUCUGGCUGAGCUGUAAUGGGCGCGAGUCGGAAGCUACAAGGCGAGAUAGAUCGGGUGCUGAAGAAGGUUCAGGAAGGUGUUGAUGUCUUCGACAGCAUCUGGAACAAGUGGAAUGUCUAUGAUACGGAUAAUGUUAACCAAAAGGAAAAGUUUGAGGCUGAGUUGAAGAAGGAGAUCAAGAAGCUGCAGCGGUAUAGGGACCAGAUCAAGACUUGGAUUCAGUCUAGUGAGAUCAAAGAUAAAAAAGUCAGUGCAUCAGAUGAGCAAUCCCUGGUUGACGCUCGGAAGCUCAUUGAGCGAGAAAUGGAGAGGUUUAAAAUAUGUGAGAAAGAGACCAAGACAAAAGCAUUCUCUAAGGAAGGACUGGGUCAGCAACCUAAAACUGACCCAAAAGAGAAAGCAAAGUCAGAGACAAGAGAUUGGUUGAACAAUGUGGUGAGCGAACUCGAGUCGCAGAUUGAUAGCUUUGAAGCUGAGUUGGAAGGACUAUCUGUCAAAAAAGGAAAGUCAAGGCCGCCCAGAUUGACACAUCUUAAGACAUCUAUCACAAGACACAAGGAUCAUAUAAUAAAGUUGGAAUUGAUAUUGAGGCUUCUGGACAAUGAUGAAUUAAGUCCAGAACAAGUAAAUGACGUCAAAGAUUUUCUGGAUGAUUAUGUUGAACGAAAUCAGGAUGAUUUUGACGAAUUCAGUGAUGUUGAUGAGCUCUAUAGCACGUUGCCACUAAAUGAGGUGGAGGGUCUUGAAGAUCUAGUAACCGCUGGCCCCCUCGUCAAGGGUACUCCUCUGAGCAUGAAGAGUUCUGUGGCAGCGUCAGCAUCUCAAGUUCGGAGCAUAAGUCUGCCAACACACCAUCAGAGCACUUCUCAAGAGAAGACUGACGAUACAACUUUACCGGAUAGCAAUUCUGAGACACUUCCAAAAACCCCUCCCCAAAAGAAUGGGGCCCUUCACUCAGCACCAUCAACACCCGUUGGGGAACGUCCAAGUUCGAAUGUGCCUGUCAGUAGUGUUCCUAAUGCACCAGUUGCUUUAUCAACUUCCGUUCCUGUUCAGACUUCCACAGAAAGGAUGGGAAGUUUGUCUACAGUGGCGGCCAAGGAAGAAGAUGCAACAACCUUGCCUUCCCGUAAACCAACCUCAUCUGUUGCUGAUGCUCCACCGAGGGGCAUUGGUAGAGUUAAUUUCCCCACCCAGCCUCAACUGAGUCAGCCUUUGUCUCCAAGUGCAGCUAACGGCACUGGUGCGACUUCUUCAGCAGCUGAAAUUGCAAAGAGAAAAAUAAUGGGAGUUGAGAGCAAUGUCCAACCUCUAACCUCUCCGCUCAGCAAAAUGGUACUACCACCAGCUGCGAAGGGUAAUGAUGGAACUAUCUCUGAUGGUAACCCUGGUGAUGUUGCGGCAAGCAUCGGUAGAGCUUAUUCACCGUCUAUUGUAUCUGGUUUGCAGUGGAGGCCUGGGAGUCCCUUUCAGAGUCAGAAUGAAACGGUCCGUGGAAGAACUGAAAUAUCACCAGAUCAAAGGGAGAAAUUCUUACAGCGGUACCAGCAAGUACUAUCCGAAAGAAACGAGAAGCAGUUUUCUUCACAACAGCAAAAUCCGCUUUUACAGCAGGUAGCGUUUUUUUUAUAG